AUGUGUCUCCUCUCCAGGCCUCCUCAGGACAUAAGCCUGGAAGAAUUUGACGAUGAAGACCUGUCUGAGAUCACCGAUGACUGUGGCCUGGGCCUCAGCUAUGACUCGGACCACUGCGAGAAGGACAGCCUAUCUCUGGGGCGCUCGGAGCAGCCGCACCCCAUCUGCUCCUUCCAGGAUGACUUCCAGGAGUUUGAGAUGAUCGAUGACAAUGAAGAGGAGGAGGAGGAGGAGGAGGAGGAAGAGGAGGAGGAAGAGGAUGAGGAAGAAGAGGAGAAAGAAGGAGAGGACAAGGAGGGGGGAAGACCUGGCCCCGAAGCCGGUACUCUGGAGCUGCUGAUCCCCUCCCCCUCCCUGGAAGAGCCCCACAAGCACAGGCCCACCACACUCCACCUGACUCCCCUGGGAGCCCAGGACUCCCUGAACAACAAUGGGGGCUUCGUCCCAGUGCCCCCAGCCUCCUGGCAGGAGACAGUGCUGUGCUCACCCCGCCAGGAGCCACUCCAAGGUGAGCAGGACUGUGGAGGCCCAGGAGGCAGGGAGGGAGGAGCGGAGGCCGACCUCACCUUCUCCAAAAAGUUCCUCAACGUCUUUGUCAACAGCACCUCGCGGUCCUCCAGCACCGAGUCCUUUGGCCUCUUUUCCUGUCUGGUGAACGGGGAGGAGAGAGAGCAAACCCAUCGGGCUGUCUUCAGGUUCAUCCCUCGCCACCCUGAUGAGCUGGAGCUGGACGUGGACGACCCGGUGCUGGUGGAGGCGGAGGAGGACGACUUCUGGUUCCGCGGCUUCAACAUGCGCACAGGGGAGCGCGGGGUCUUCCCUGCCUUCUAUGCCCACGCGGUGCCCGGCCCUGCCAAGGACUUGAUGGGGAGCAAGCGGAGCCCCUGCUGGGUGGAACGCUUCGACGUGCAGUUCCUGGGCUCCGUGGAGGUGCCCUGUCACCAGGGCAACGGCAUUCUGUGUGCAGCCAUGCAGAAGAUCGCCACUGCCCGGAAACUGACUGUCCACCUGCGCCCCCCUGCCUCCUGUGACCUCGAGAUUUCUCUUCGGGGGGUCAAGCUGAGUCUGAGCGGUGGACCUGAGUUCCAGCACUGCAGCCACUUCUUCCAGAUGAAGAACAUCUCCUUCUGCGGCUGCCACCCUCGCAACAGCUGCUACUUCGGCUUCAUCACGAAACACCCUCUGCUCAGCCGCUUUGCCUGCCACGUCUUUGUCUCCCAGGAGUCGAUGAGGCCUGUGGCCCAGAGCGUGGGCCGCGCCUUCCUGGAGUACUACCAGGAGCACCUGGAGUACGCCUGCCCCACAGAGGACAUCUACCUGGAGUAGCCGCCCACACUCUGCGCCAGGUGCCACGAGGCGGGGUACCUCAGAGGCCGCCGGCUUUGGCAAGGACUGGUUGGGGUCUCGGGGGCUCUCCUUGCUCACUCCACAGGGGUCUGUCCCCCGCUUUCCCUCUGAUCUUCUUCCUCUCUGUGUGCCUCCUUCCUCUGUCUGUCUCUGCCCCGUGCCUGCAGACUCGGCCCUCUGCCCUCUACUCUGGGCCAGAGCUGGGAGGGUGUGGAGGAAGGCAAGGCGCUAGGUGGCUGUGGCGUCGGGCUCCCAGGUAGUCCCUCCUGCCCUUCCCCAGUGAGUUAAGAGGAAUUUUAAUUUUUAUAGCGAAUCUCCAGGGGUCACCCCUUCCCUGACUACAGGGACAAAGAGAGGGACCCCCAUACUGCCCCAUGCGGAGCUCAGGGGGAAGCAGGGAGGGGGUCCCCAGAAGGGCCUUGGGGUUGCUAGUAGUUCUUGAGGCUCAUCCCAAGCCCCAGACUUUGCUCAGAGAAGGGUGCCCUGCCCCGUGCCCCGCCACACCAGCGUCUGCUUUGCCGCUGCAAACUCCCCGCAGUCCAGCACCUCAAUAAACUCUCUGCUUGGUGUGA